AUGGAUGUUCAGCAGUUGUUUAAAAACCUAAAGAAGGAGUGUCCGCUAUGUUCAGAAACUGUCAAAGAACCCAAAACACUUCCAUGUUUGCAUUCGUUCUGUUUAAACUGCCUCGACAAACAUGCUGGACAUGCCAGAAGACGGCGAAAAGAGAAACUAAAAUGUCCGGUUUGCCUGACUGAAUUCAACGUUCCAAAAGGUGAUACCUUUUCUGAUUUUCCUACAUCCUUUCAUCUCAAUCGAUUGGUGGAUGUCCUUGCUAUUAAUGAUAGCGAUGCAGACACAGAGAUUCCAACCCCAUGUGAUGGAAAAUAGGGAGUAAUUAUUAGUGCCAAAGGCGCGAGCUUCUAGGGGGGUCAGGGGGCAGGCCCCCGGGAAAUUUUGCAAAUUUAGGUUCUCUCAAGUGCCAUUUCCUGAAUUUUGACAUCAUUCCGGUCUGAGUUAUAACAUACCAUAAUGCUCUUCGCGAAGAAAGUAAGUAUAAUAUGAGUGUUUCACAGUGACAGAUCGCCAAAAAUUCUAAAGAUUAGCAAUUUUCCCCUAGUUUUCAGAAUUUUAUGAUAAAUCGGGAGAAUUUGGUAAAAAUCGGGAGAGCGGGAGGCAAGACAUCAAAUCGGGAGACUCCCGAUCAAAUCGGGAGGGUUGGAAUCUCUGCAGACAUGCAGACAUGCAAUAGCUGCGACGAUAGCAGCGUUGUUACUUCGUAUUGUUUUGUUUGUCAAAGCUUUCUCUGUGCAGCUUGUUUUGACGCACAUCAACGCCUGAAGGCUACGAGAGGUCACCGGAGUAUUUUGUUCGAGAAAUUGCGGGUACAAGAUGUCGAAGAAUUGAUGCAUCGACCUGCGAUGUGUACCCAGAAAUAUCACCAAAGCGAAGCGCUCGAGUACUAUUGUCAAGAUUGUAAGGUCUGUGUCUGCGUGAAGUGUGGAUUGGUAAAUCACAACGGUCACGCUGUAGCGGAUAUCGAAGGAGCUGCGGGUGAAUAUAGGAAUCAAAUUACCGAGGUCGUAGGGAAAACAAAGGCACAAGUCGCCGUCCUCGAAAGACAAAUGAAUAAACAAACUGAACUUAUAAAUAAGAGCAUAUCUGAAAUGUACGACGCUCAAGCUAAAGUGACAGAAGUCGUUGAUGAACUUGUGAGAAUUUUGACGGAACAUAAAGAGGCCAUGAAGACAAAAUUACGACAACUUGUUGAGACACAACAAAGGAACCAUAAGGGACAACUGGAAGUCUUCCAGUCAGCCAUUUCCCAACUAAAAAACUGUAUUGAACAAGGAGAGGGCAUCGUGCAGAGGAACUUUGCGCCUGAAAUUUUGCAUGCGGAGCGGUCAAUCAUCGGUCGCGCUAAAGAACUUUUGAAUGUAUCAAAAAUAAAGAUUUACCAGCCCAAUUGUUUUAAAUUUGUUCCAAAUACAGAAGCUUUGAAUACUAUUAGGUUAAAUGGCUCCGGUCAAAUUUAUGCCAGUCGUACUGACGCCUCCCUGUCGACGGUAAACUAUGGUAACGACUCAAGGUUAAUUUUCAAAACAGGCAGCGAAAUCUGCUUUCAAAUAACUACAAGAGAUUUACUUGGAGAUCAGAUUUAUAACAAAGAUGACAGAGUGAUAGCCACGGUAGAGGUCGUCAAAUCACCAGGAUGCUGCGAAAAAGCAAGAAUUAAAGAUCUCAGAAACGGAAACUACGAAGUUUGUUGCACGCUGAAGCAACCUGGCCAUAAUAAGGUUGCGAUCUACAUUAAUGAAAUGCUAGUGGCUGAUAGCUCCUGGAAAGUGGCUCCAUCGCAUGUUGCCUACAGCAUCGCUCAGUGUAGAAAAACUGGGAACAUUGCGGUGGCUGACUAUGACAAUAAGAAAGUGCUUCUGUAUGAUUCGAUGUUAAAUUACCUAAGAACUAUAGUGGAUUUUGGACCAGACCGAAGGCCAAGAUGUCUGGCAUUCACAAACUUCUUUCUUGCUUCCAAUGUUAUCGUCAUUCAUGAAGAUACUUUGCCGCAAAGUAAAUUUCCAGUCUUUAGCCACUUGAGUAAAAUUUCAGUUUUUACCCCACAUGGCCACUUCGUUAAGGGCAUUGGUGCGGAAUUUUUGACUAAUCCUUGCAGUGUCUCCGUCAAGAGUGAUGGUCAAAUAAUUGUGUGUGACUCGGGUGACAGAUCAGUCAAGCUCCUCUCUCCUGACGGGACAAAAUUGUUGAAAUCCUUCAAAGCAAAGGACGCUGACACAUCUCCGUGGUUUGCUGUUCACGAUCAGAAAAAUAUUUCGUGUCGUACCGUAUUGGUCAAAGUGUGA